GGCCUCGGCCCAGGCAUGAGCUGGCUCUUCCCGCUGAGCAAGAGCGGCGCGUCGCCCGCGGCGGGGGGCGGCGGGGGCGGAGCGGGGGGUCUCACCAGCCUCCAGCAGCAGAAGCAGCGGCUCAUCGAGUCCCUGCGCGCGGCGCACGGCAGCAUAGCUGAAAUACAGAAAGAUGUGGAGUACAGAUUACCGUUCACGGUAAACAACCUUACAAUUAACAUUAAUAUCUUCCUUCCUCCUCAGUUUCCUCAGGAAAAACCAGUGAUCAGUGUUUACCCUCCAAUACGACAUCAUUUAAUGGACAAACAUGGAGUGUACGUUACCUGUCCAUUAGUAAACAAUUUUACCAUGCACUCAGAUCUGGGGAAGAUCAUUCAGAGCCUCUUGGAUGAGUUUUGGAAGAAUCCUCCGGUUUUGGCUCCCAGUUCAGCAUUUCCUUACCUUUACGGUGGCCCGGCAGGAAUGCCUCCUUAUGCUGCUCAGGGUUUCCCGUUUCUCCCCUCCUAUCCUCCACAAGAAGCCAGCAGGCCCAUGGCUUCCGUGCCAGUUGCUGACGCCGUUUCUCCGGCCUCGAGUUACUCCACACCCAAACCUGCUGCUCCCUCCUAUGGUUUCCUCUCCAGCCUGCCAUUGCCUGUUCCCACCACAGAUGCCCCGAUGCUGACAGGCCAAAACGGGUGUGGUUACAAGAUGCCUGACAUUCCUGAUGCAUUUCCAGAACUCUCUGAGCUCAGCCUGUCGCAGCUGACGGACAUGAACGAGCAAGAGGCCGCGCUCCUCCAGCAGUUCUCGACUCUGCCCCAGCUGAAGCAGGUCCUCACCGACAAGGAUGACCUGGUCAGGAGCAUCGAGGACCUUGCCCGGAGAAAUCUCCUUUUAGAGCCCAGCCUGGAAGCCAAAAGGCAGACGGUCCUCGACAAGUAUGAGCUGCUCACGCAGAUGAAGUCGGGCUUUGAAGAGAAGAUGCAGAGGCAACACGAGCUCAGCGAGAGCUGCAGCGCCAGCGCCCUCCAGGCAAGGCUGAAGGUGGCGGCCCACCAGGCUGAAGAGGAGUCAGACACCCUUGCUGAGGACUUCCUCGAGGGCAAAAUGGAGAUAGAUGAUUUUCUCAGCAGCUUCAUGGAGAAGAGAACCAUUUGCCAUUGUCGCCGAGCCAAAGAGGAGAAGCUUCAGCAGGCUAUAGCUACCCACACCCAGUUCCACGCUCCCCUCUAGAUUUUCCUGGACACAUGAACUGCCAAGAGAAGAAUGAACAGUCCCAAUUAAGCACAUUCGCAGUAGAUGUGAUUUGCUAACAGGCGUUUCAUCCUAAUGGUUGUAUUGUGUAGUAGAGAUUAACUGUAUCCAUUGCGUAGAGCUGGGCCUGAUUUUGUACAAAUUAGGAUGCCUUUUAUUAUCUUUGUUUGAGAAAUCCUUCUGCACUCUUUGCACUAAAAAUAUCCUUUGUAUUUAUUGUUGAUAAAGUCUUUUACCAUAUUUAAGUUUCUGCUGCUACUUCCUGAUUAUUAGAAAUGAAAUACCUAUGCAUGUAAUUUUGGAUAAAUUCAAGUAUUUUAUAAAUUCAUAUUCUUUUAAAUUGAUAUUUUUAACUGAAAUGGACUGGUUUAUUUAUAAAGAAAGUCUUGGCCUCUUUUUGUUUUCCUCCUGCAGUCUUUUUUUUAAAAAAAAGUUACUAUUUGGGGUGGUGAUCAUUAAAAUAUCACAUUCCCUUUAUCUUUCAGGAAAAAUUUUCUUCCCAAGUGAUCAUGCCAAUAUGUCCGGCUUUAGUCAGUAUAAAGUCCUCCAGCGGGUCAUUGUGAUGUGGUGGUGACUGACUCGGGGCCUGUGCCCCGGGGGGCCGGGGCGCUGACCCUCAGUCCUCCACGAAGCAGCCUCACAGAGCUCCAGGAGGUGGUGGCUCAUCCCCAGAAGGCCGGCCACGCUCCGAGCCACGGCUUUGUCUUUGUGUUGUGUGCUUCUGGCCACAGCAGCAUGGAGGGUGAAGGUGUCUGGCCAGGUGGGACCUGCACCUGGGGCAGGAAGAGAACCCGCCACUGCACCUUUGAUGUAAUGAAUGAUUCUCACGUCAGUAUCGGCUCUGCAGAUGUCCUGGUUUGAUGGUUUAAAUGAAGGCUCUGUCCAGAAGGACGAGGCCCUUGCACAUGAAGCCAUCCUGUAGGACUGGCCAGGCUGGCUCAUUUAGAAAUGGAUCAUUACACGAGGGGAAAUGGGGAAAAAACGACUGGGUCUGUGUUGUGGCUCUGCAGAGGGAAAUCAGGACACAGACAAGCCGAUCGUUUUUCCUCAGCCUCUGUUGUCGAUGAGUUUUACCUCUGAUUGGAGACCACAUGAGAGCGGUGCGGAGUGGUGGAAACACUAGUGGAUUUGAAGCCAGAGGAGGUCUGCUGCGUCCUCGCUGGGUGACCGUGGGUCGGGCCUGUGACCUCUGCGGGCCUUGGUCUGUAAGGGAGGCGUUGUGGGCAUCUCUGGGAGGGCGUGCCAACUUGUGUAAGAUGAGAGGGUGGGCUCUCUGCGAUCUCAUGAGCAAAUAAAAAUCAUUCACAUUUUUCUUGUAAA